AUGAAAUUCCUCGUCGUCUUCGCUCUGCUGAUCGUCGCCGUCAUGGCGCUGGGAACUCCCUGUGACAUCAAGAAGGGCGUCACCGGAAACUCGGACUGCAAAAUGGCCGGCGAGACCUGCGAGAAGGACCUUGGGUCCAACAUCUACCGUUGCGUGAUCGCUAUGGACCGUGGCGUCAACUGGGUCCUGACGCCUCGGCCAAAGAAGCUCGGGCAGCAC